GUCAACUGUCAAAUCCAGAGGUCAUCUUUUUAAAAAUAAGCAAUGAAAACGUCUCUUCUAAAACUUAUAUAUGCAUGUAGAAUUCAAACCUUCCUGUGUUCUUCUAUAUAAGGUUGUAAUCAGAGCAAAUUAAUUAUGUUCGGCAACAAAGGCAUGAAAACUGCAUAAGAAACAUGUUUCACUGGUAGAAAUUAAAACUCUGGAAAUCACUUUAAGGCUCACUGGGCAGAAUCUCCACAGAAUUAAAGCUCCAGUAUCUCUAGGCUGUAUCUUAUUUUUUCUCAAUUAGGAAAAACAGCCUAGGGUUAACUGUAAACAAAAUUAUCUUAAGCUAUAAUGACAGAGUUUAUCACAGUCCCCCAAAUUAAAGACAGCUCUUAAGAAUAUAACUUGAAUAAGGAUCAUGAAUUGGUUCAACAUAUUUAACUGGUGAUUUUAUGAAUUAUAAUGAAUGCUGCUACUCUCUAAAAAUGAAACAACCUCCUUGGCACGCUUACAGCUACACAACACAUUUGUAUGAUUUCAAGCACCAGUGCUGGAGGCUCAGAAUAAGUCAACGGGAGGAGGACUCCCACCACAGCAGCAAGCAGGUCUCCUGAGUAGAUCAAAUGACAUGCUUAGCAGAGUAACCCGCAAAUAAGAGCUAUCAGUUUCUUUCACUAAGCCUUCCGAAACCUGAGCCUCUGCAGAAUACUAACCACUCGGGCCUCACCUACAGACAUGGACAGAUGUACGUACACUUUCAUUUUAUAGAAUUUGAAAUUCUCUUUUUAAGGAAGGAGUCAACUUUGGCCUUGAGUGUUUGGCAUGGGUACAAAGCCUUAAAAAAGCAGAUGACCAGCUUAGCUACUGACCAUGCUGAUCAGUGUCCGGAAUCAGAUCAAAUCAAAGAAAAACAUCGAAUGGCUUUCUCUUUUAGAAUAUUCGAGCAACACACAAGUCCUGGGCAUGUUUUGCAGAGCUCAUUUGACCACUUAAUCUCUUCUAACUGGUCUGGAUUACAGACAGAAUCGAUACCAGAGAAAAUGAAACAGACUGGUGAGGAACAGGGAAAUAAGCCGCGCUGGGCAGCUCUUCUGAUACUCACGGUGAUAAUACCCACAAUUGGUGGCAACAUCCUUGUUAUUCUGGCUGUUUCACUGGAGAAAAAGUUGCAGUAUGCUACCAAUUAUUUCCUAAUGUCCCUGGCAGUGGCCGACUUGCUGGUUGGAUUGUUUGUGAUGCCGAUUGCCCUCUUAACAAUAAUGUUUGAGGCUACGUGGCCCCUGCCACUUGUUCUAUGCCCUGCCUGGUUAUUUCUUGAUGUUCUUUUUUCUACUGCAUCCAUCCUGCAUCUCUGCGCCAUUUCAGUGGAUCGUUACAUAGCCAUCAAAAAGCCAAUCCAGGCCAAUCAAUAUAACUCACGAGCUACAGCAUUAAUCAAGAUUAUCGUGGUGUGGUUGAUUUCAAUAGGCAUUGCCCUUCCAGUUCCUAUUAAAGGGAUAGAAACUGAUGUGGCUAACCCAAACAACAUCACCUGUGUGCUGACAAAGGAUCGUUUUGGCAGUUUCAUGCUCUUUGGCUCAUUGGCUUCCUUCUUCACACCCCUGGCCAUCAUGAUUGUCACCUACUUUCUCACUAUCCAUGCUUUACAGAAGAAAGCUUACUUGGUCAAAAACAAGCCACCUCAACGCCUAACAUGGUUGACCGUGUCCACAGUUUUCCAAAGGGAUGAAACACCUUGCUCAUCACCAGAAAAAGUAGCAAUGCUGGAUGGCUUUCACAAGGACAAAACUCUGCCCAAUGCAAGAUCUGACAUACUUAUGCGAAGAAUGUCCACAGUAGGAAAGAAGUCAGUGCAGACCAUUUCCAAUGAACAGAGAGCCUCAAAGGUUCUCGGGAUUGUAUUUUUCCUCUUUUUACUUAUGUGGUGCCCCUUUUUUAUUACAAAUGUAACUUUAGUUUUAUGUGACUCGUGCAACCAGAUGACUCUCAACAUGCUCCUGGAGAUAUUUGUGUGGAUAGGCUAUGUUUCCUCAGGGGUGAAUCCUCUGGUCUACACUCUCUUCAACAAGACAUUUCGGGAUGCAUUUGGCCGGUACCUCACCUGCAAUUACCGAGCCCCCACAUCAGUAAAAACCCUUGGAAAAUGCUCCAGUAAUAUCUACUUUCGGAAUCCAAUGGCAGAGAAUUCUAUAUUUUUUAUGAAACAUGGAAUGCGAAAUGGCAUUAAUCCUGCCAUGUACCAGAGCCCAAUGAGGCUCCGAGGCUCAACCAUUCAGUCUUCAUCCAUCAUUUUACUAGAUACACUUCUCCUCACCGAAAAUGAAGGUGACAAAACUGAAGAGCAAAUCAGUUAUGUAUAGCAGUAAUGGCACAAUUUUAAUAUAAUGAUGAGUAAGAUGAUGAAGAAAAUAUAAAUAUACCAAGAAUUAUAUAAAGAACGUUGUAUCAUGUAUCAAAAAUCAUCUCUUUAAGAAUUCUGUAUUAAGAUUAUCCAAUUUUCUUUAUUUGGGCAAAAUUAUUCUACUAUUAAUAAAAAAUCAUUUUUGUAUAGCUGAAAAUUAAAACAGUCCAGCACACUGGUUAAAUGUUAAGAUAAUCAAAUGAAAUAAAAUUAUUAAAUCAAUAAACUUGUGGUUU